CGUGGGUGCUAUUCACAUCCCAUUUAUGAUAAAACAAACGUAUAAUUAUCAGUUCAUUUUAUUUUGUUUUGCGCUUCGUAAAACAUAAGCUGGUUUUGAAAAAUGCGAUGUGAACUGCCUAUAUUGAUGAAAUGUUGUUUCUGUGUUCCUUUAAGACUUGGAUUGUUAAUAUGGGCUUACUUGAAACUGAUUUUUAGCCUGCUCAUUCUUAUUGCUUUCUGCAUAUAUGCAGAAUUUGCGAGACAGACUACCCUUGAUAUACCCAAGGGAACAAUAACCUUUAUAGUGGUGAUGAUCAUGUUUGGUGGCAUUAAUUCGAUAUUCCAAACAGUAUUUAUUGUUAGCGCUCAUAAGAAAAACUACAAAAUAAUGCGCAUUUAUUACAUAUAUAACUUUGUCUACAUUUUCAUACCUACUAUAAUAUUUAUAAUGUUCUGCAUUAUCCUUUAUUCACAAAUCGGAGGUUUUAUUUUAUUAUUUCUAGCAGUCAUGCCAGUUAAUAUUAUUGUUAUUACCAUUCCUAUAGAAUUUGUUCUCACCAUAUACCUUAUGCUUCUGGUGAGGAGUGAAUUUAUAAAGCUGAGAAACAGUGGGCAAUUCCAGUUUUUCAAUCACGAAUCUGAAGCUCGGUGUGUUGCAACUCUACCGGAUAAUACCAUCCCAAAGGAGGAUGAAUGUUUAGAUUAAAAGUAUUGUAAGUGAUUUUAAAAAAAUAAAUUGAAAAGCAUAA